GGGCGUACGUUAUUUUGAAUUCGGUACCAGGUUUGAGUACAUAUCGUGCUUUGCUGGCCAUGGUUUGGAGAGCUCUUUCUGAGGGGCUAGUGUGUGUGUGAGUGAGAAGAGGAAAGGGUAUAUUAAUAUUAUUGGCUUCGAAAGCGAUCAUGAGCGAAAAAGAAGAAAAAGCGUCUGGUGGAUUUAAAAAACGCAAACAUGAAAACUUUCCCCGAUCACAAAGGAAAGAGGAAAAAGGAAAUUGUGUUGACUCCUCGUCACCUGUGAUCCUUGCAUUUAAAUCAUUUCAACAAGAGCUUGAUGCAAAGCACGAUAAGUAUGAACGUCUUGUAAAGCUUGGCCGAGAUAUAACAAUUGAAAGCAAACGCACAAUCUUCAUUUUACAUAGAGUCAUAAGUGAUCUCAACAAAGACGAAAUACUUAAUGAAUCUGACACCAAGCUGGAUGUUAUACGUCAAAAAAUAAAGCAAGUCGCUCAGGAGUUAGUGGGAGAAGACUUGUAUCAGUAUCACAGAGCUUUUACCCCCGGACUACAAGAAUACGUAGAAGCGGUAACAUUCCAGCAUUUCAUUAAAACUCGAACCCUUUUCCGUCUUGAAGACAUCAAUAAACAAUUAAUAUUUGAAGAACCUAUUAAUGAUGUUGCCACAACUGUAAAUAAUUCACCUGAUCAUUCAUUGGGGGGCGCUGAAAAGAAGCCAAACGUCUUGAGCCUCCAGGUGACCCCAGUCGAUUAUCUGCUCGGCGUAGCCGAUCUCACCGGCGAAUUGAUGCGCUAUUGCAUUGGUAGCGUCGGCAACGGAGACAUCGACACACCUUUUGAACUGAGUCAGUUCUUGCGAGAGAUCUUCGAUGGCUUUUCUUACAUCGGAAACACGGGACCCUACGAAAUCUCAAGAAAGCUGUACGCCUUAAAGCAGAGCCUUGCCAAAGUGGAGAAUGCGUGUUACACUCUGAAAGUGAGGGGCUCCGAAAUACCAAAGCACAUGCUCGCAGAUUUAUUUUCAGCCAAAACUGACAUAAUUGAACACGAUGAGGGCAUUUCUUAAAUGAUAUAGUUUGGCGGUGAACAAGGAGACGCGAUACAGAUACAGUUUAUUUGGAAUUUUAAGCUCUUUCAGAAUAGUAAGAGGGGAAAUAAGUGUAACGCGCAUAUACUGUUGGGAAUAAAAAUUGUACAAAGUGUUUUGUUACAGAUAUUAUACAGAGUUAAUCCAUUAAAACAUUACUGUUAUUUUUUUUUAGUUUGUUUUAAUGAUUUAUGUAAAUAUAUCUGUUUACCGUGAUUAUUGGCUUGAUCUUGUUUUAAAUUUGUAGUUGUGAUGUGUAUUUAAAUAUACAAGGUAUUUGUUUUGUACGGUU